AAACAUUUUAUUUACAGUAAUAAGGUCUCCAAACUAUUGAGUACACAAUGUGCUAACAUACAAAAUUCAAAUAUUCAACAAAAACAAUUCACAUCCAGCUGUUGCUUUAGUGUUUGUUUACAUAGAUGACACAAAGGUGUUUUAUACAGCUGAGUUGACCUGUGUCUAUGUGGAUUAGGCGUGUGCGUGUGUGUGUGUGUGUGUGUGUGUGUGUGUGUGUGUGUGUGUGUGUGUGUGUGUGUGUGUGUGUGUGUGUGUGUGUGUGUGUGUGUGUGUGUGUGUGUAUUUAGAAAAUGUUUUAUCAUGCAGCAGGUUGAGACAUUUGGCCUAUAAACAUACAUUUUUUUCCAGGUAUGAUGAAUUUGAAGGAGUACUUCCAACGGAUCGGUUUCCAUGGCCGUUAUGAUAAAGUGGAUCUCCCAACCCUGACGUUGAUCCACAAACUGCACGUCAUGUCAAUUCCUUUUGAAAACCUCAGCAUUCACUGUGGUGAGAGGAUCACCAUGGAUCUGGAGCUGAUUUUCAAUAAGAUUGUGAGGAGUUGUCGGGGAGGCUGGUGCCUGGAGAACAACUUCCUGUUUGGGUGGGUGCUGAGAGAGAUGGGCUUCAGUGCCAUUACGUUGAGCUCUAGAGUUUUCAACAGUAUGCUUGGUGACUUUGGUCCUCUUGAUUCUCAUCUCAUUCACAAAAUCAUCAUUGAUGAUAAGGCUUACAUAGCUGAUGUCAGCUUUGGGGUGUCGUCACAGAUACGGGAGCCGCUGGAGCUCAUUUCAGGAAAUUAUCAAAUCCAAGCCGCAGGAGUGUUUUGUCUCAUUGACAAGGGGAACAUCUGGGUUCUGGAGAAGACAGGUAGAAAGCAAGAAGUUCUCAAUGCAGAAUUUGCCACAUCCAGCCUCGUGAACAGGAAGGAGACUAAGCAGAUCUACUGCUUCACCCUGGAGCCACGCGAGUCAGAAUAUUUUAUCGAUAAAAGCAACAGACUUCAGACAGAUCCUGCCUCGCUCUUCACUAAUAAGUCCAUCUGCUCGCUGCAGACGCCAUCAGGAUUUAGGGCUCUGAUUGGCUGGACCUUCAGCGAGGUCACAUUCAAACCCCAUAAAGGUGUCGAUGUCUUAUACAUGAGAAACACAACUGAUGAUGAGAUAGAGCAAGUUCUGAAGGAACUGUUUGGUAUAAAGUUGCAGAGAAAACUGAAACCUGUUAGCAACAAAACAUUCUACACACUCUAAAACACUCUUAAAACUACUUUAACACGUUAUUAGUUAUAUUUAUAUUCCUGUGUAGCAUAACUAAAACAUUACCAUGAUGAACACAUCUGUAUUUAUCGUCAAUUUAUCAAGGUCUUAUUAACUGUGCUCAUCAUGGAUCGUCCAUAAUGAACACCAUGUUCAGGCAUAAAGGUGUCCAUGUGUCCUCUUGGCACCAGGAUACCUUAGGCCGCAGCUCAAUAAUGAUCAUCUUUGUUGUCAUCCCACCUGAUCUACUGCCGCAUAUAUUGUACACUCGGUUGAAGAGAGGAGCGGAGCUGUAAACUGGCCACUAUCUGGUGGUGAGUUUGCUUCGAUUGUGGGGGAGGAUGCCAGUCAGACCUGGCAGGCCCAAACAUAUUGUGAAGGUCUGCUGGGAAUGUCUAGCGAAGUCUCCUGUCAGAAGGAACUUCAAUUCCCACCUCCAACAGAAUGUCCAAAAUGUUCCGGGGGAGGCAGGGGAUUUUGAGUCCUAGUAGGCCAUGUUCCAUGCCUACAUUGUAAAAGCAGGUGACCGGAACUGCGGCAGCAGGGUUGUUGGUGCCUGUAGUUGCGGCAACGACUCAAGCCCAUUGGUAGACUCCGGCUGUUAGGUAUGUCAAGCUGAAGAAAAAGUCCUAUUGCAUCUUUUUGGCCUGUGGGACCCCAGAGGCAGCUGAUAGUUACCUGCAGUCCAAGUGGAGUGCGGCCCGGGUGGUUGCAGAGGCAAAAACCUGGACGUGGGAGGAGUUCAGUGAGACCAUGGAGCAAGAUUUUGUAUGACUUCAAGGAGAUUCUGGUCCACCAUCAGCCUCAGGAGGGGAAAGCAGUGAGCUACCAACACUGUUGUAGUGGUGACGGUGUGCUGCUGACCUCGACUCAGGACGUUGUGGGUCAGUAAACAGAGUACUUUGAAGACCUCCUAAAUCCCACCGGCAGAUCUGCCCAGAGUUCGUAAAGGCUGGAUGUUGUAGGACUGUGUUGGCUGAAUAGGAAUUCUGCUAUAUUGUGUGGACAUUGGGGGCAGUUCCACUGAACUGGCAGAUUGGGUUGGGGGUAGAGUGUGUUCCAACUACAGGGGAAUCAUACUCCUGAGCCUCCCUAGUAAAGUCUAUUUAGUGGUUCUGGAAAGAAGGGCCCGUUGGAUUGUCGAACCUUGGAUUCAGGAGGAGCAAUAUGGUCUUCGUCCUGGCCGUGGAACACUGGACCAGCUCUAUACCCUUAGGAGGGUCCUGGAAGGUGCGUGGGAGUUUGCCCAACCAAUCUACAUGUUUUGUGGAUUUGGAAAAAGGUUUUCAACCGCAACCCUUGGGGGGCCCUUUGGGGGCUUACCAGGCCCUCUAAUACGGCUGUUAGGUCCCUGUACAACCGGUGUCAAAGCUUGGCUAACAGUGAGAGUUGGACUCCACCAAGGCUGCCGUUUGUCAUCGAUUCUGUUCAUAACUUUUAUGGACAGGAUUUUUAGGCACAGCCACGGUGUUGAGGGAAUCCAUUUUGGUGGCCUGAGGAUCAAGUCCCUGCAUUUUGCAGAUGAUGUGGUUGGCUUCAUCAAAAUUUCUCCGGCUUUCACAGCAGCAGUUUUCAGCUGACUGGGAAGCAGCUGGGAUGAGAAUCAGCUCCUCUAAAUCUGAUAAAGGGUAGAAUGCCUUCUCCAAGUCAGGAAUGAGGUCCUGCCUCAAGUGGAGGAGUUUAAGUAUCUCAGGCUCUUGUUCAAUAGUGAGAAAAAGAUGGAGCAUGAAAUCGAUAAGAAGAUAGGUGCUGCAUCUGCAGUGAUGCGGGCGUUGUACCGAUCUGUUGUGGUGGAGAGAGCUGACCCGGAAGGCAAAGCUCUUGAUUUACUGGUCGAUUUACAUUCCUACCCUCACCUAUGGUCACAAGCUUUUGGUACAGACCAAAAGAAUGAGACUGCAGAUACAAGCGGCCGAAAUGAGUAUUCUGCGCAGGGUUUCUGGGCUCUCCUUUAGAGAUAGGGUGGGAAGCUCAGUCAUCCAGGAUGGGCUCGGAGUAGACCCACUGCUCCUCGAGAGGAGCCAGUUGAGGUGGCUCGGGCAUCUGAUUAGGAUGCCUCCUGGACACCUCCCGGGUGAGGUUUUCCGGGCACGUCCAACCAAGAGGAGACCUAAAGGAAGACCCGGGCACUCUGGAGAGACUAUGUUUCUCUGCUGGCCAGGGCAUGACUUUGGAUUACCCCAGAAGAGCUGACCAAAGUGGCUGGGGAGAGAGAAGUCUGGGCCUCUGGACUUAGGCUGCUGCCCCCGCGACCCGACUCCGGAUAAGUGGACAAAAAUGAAUGGAGGGAUUAAAGUCUUACUAGUAUUUUGUUUAUUUACUCUUAAAAAAGUGUCAACAUUAAAUCUGUUAAUUGUGCAUUAUGAAGUAAAAAAAAAAAAUAAUAAGCCUGUUCAGUAAUUACCGUAGUAUAAAGUAUCCUUUAUUCAUUUUUUUUGUGUGACAUAAAUAGUAUUUAGGGUCCAGGUCUCACUCCACUCCAGUUGGUGGCAGUAAUGCUCCAAGAAGAACAAGAAGAAAGAAAAGUUCUAGUCUUUGUUUUUAAUCAUAGAUGCUUAUUUACACAUCUAUAUUUUUAAUCCUCUUGGGAAUCAUAAUAUUAAGGUGAUGAAAUGAGGAGGCAUUUUAAAAGUGACAAUUGUUACUUAGUAGAAACAUCUACUGAAUUAUUUCAAAAUAAAAUGCUUAUGACAUUUUGAUAUAAGCAACAGGGAAACUUGCUCUAACAGUAUUUUACUCCUUUUAUUUAGCUAAAAACAAUUAAAAACCCUUUUAAGGAAAAAAACUGUGAUAUUAAGGCAGUUUCGAAAAAAUCACCCAACAGUGGCAAAAUUGAUGCUAUAAUCCCAGUUUGCUGUGUAAAAAACACAAUGUUAUUUAAUUAUGAGCAAAACAUAUCAAAGAAAUAAUAAAUGUGGGGGAAAAACAUUUAUUUUCAUGUACCUGAAUUUUACUUUUUUUAAUUAUCAUUGUCUAAGUGUGUUAUUGGUCUUUGAUCUAAUAACUAAUUAAUUUAUGUUUGAUUAGAAAUUAUAGGCUGGUAAAAUUUUGUAACUAAGUAAAUAUAUUUAUUAACUAUUAUUAAUUUAUGAAUUAAAUCUCUCAUCUACUGUGUAUGUAGUUCAUCCCGUGGCCACUAGAUCUGAUAUGUUUAUAAGGCUGCAGCUUUAGCUGCUAAUAUAUUCCUUAUGAGCUUUCUCAUUGGAAUUCCUUUCUUUUGUUACUGAUAUUAUUUAGAAAAGAGUAUGGGCCGUUCCGAACAAGUAUUUUGGAACAAAAAAGGUCAAAGAAAUGUAAUUCAAAAUACUUCAUAAAUCUUAUCCUGCAAAUAAUUAUACGUUUAAGAGUGAUAUUGAUGUGAACUGCUGUUUUUGUGGAAGCCACCCUGAAACUGUUCAGCACCUCUUUUAGAUGUGUUCACAUGCUACAAUGUUUUGUACAAACUUUAGCAGCUUUAUUAUUGGAGCACUUCAUUUUUAAAUGGGAAGAUGUAAUAUUUUUUCGCAAGAACAGAAAGGAAGAUAUACGUAAUUCAUGUGUUUCUUAUUGCUUCUUGUAUUGUUCAGCACUUGGACAUCCGAUAAGGUUCUGGAAGGGGCUUCAUAAAUAAAGUGAAAUGAAAUGAAGAAGAGUAUAUAAAAAUAUGAAAAAGUUGCUAAGUAUCCCUUUUAAAUUAUUCUUUUUUUUUUACCAUCCAUCCAUCCAUCCAUUUU